CGUUCAUCCCACCGAGCAGGAUUGCAGGAACGCGAAGCAAUUCCAGAUCGCCCCAACUAAAACCAAACCAGCACCCCGACCCGUCCUCGUCCGCCUACUCGGCUCGACUCCUCUCGCCCCACCAAACUCCACCGCGCGCCACCGCCACGCCCCGGUGGCCCGGCGGCGACGGACCGAUCCACCACCGAGCCAGCCUAUCAGCGGCCAAGGGCGGGAUGCCGGGGCCCGGGGCGCACCUGCUGUACGCGCUGUCAGGCGGGGCGGCGCUGUCGCGGGUCGCCGGGCCCGGGAACCGCCGCUUCGGCCCGCACCACUGCGCCGUCUACGCCGCCAACGCGUUCCUCGGCCCGGACCUCGGCGCCUUCUCCGAGUGGCUCUGCUCCUUCCUCCCGUCCUCGGUCUCCGCGUCGGCCGCGGGGGACCUCGCCAUGGCGGCUGUGCACCACCCCUUCUACUACCCGCUCCUCCUCGGCCUCCCGCUCGCCUGGGCCUACGCCUGUCUCUCCCGCCGGCUGCUCCGCGCCGGCGUCCUAGACUCCCCCGCCGGGGUACCACUAAACAAGAGGCAGUGUUUCUUGCUUAUCUCGGCCGGCUCGCUGUCUCAUUUUUUCCUGGACCACUUGUUUGAGGAGAAUGGCCAUUCUACAAUGUACACUUGGAUCCUGAGCACUGGUUGGUGGAAAGGCCGUGCUCCUAUCAAUCCAGAUGCAGUGGUUGUUGUAGGACUUCUUUGCACUUGCCUCAUUGGGGGAUUUGUGUACAUCAACAGAGUGAAGAAUGGAAAGUCUGCAGCAGAAAAAUCAAACCAAUCUUUUCUUCUCAUCCUGGUGAUAGCCACCCUGUACUGUAUGUGGUGUGCCAGUCAGAUAUACCUGCGGCAACCCCCUCAACCUGCCAUAGGUGAAGAAGCUGAUCUUGGAGUGAUAAUCUUUCUUUCCAUUUAUCUCUUUCUCCCGCAUGGCUUGUGUGUCCUUUCAAUGAACCAAAAGGAUUAUACUGAUGCACUGAAUGAGCUGCCACUUCGAUAAUUUGUGUAUUCCCGUAUAUGCAGAAAUAAGUUUCGUAACAGUCUGAUUUCUGCAUUAUGUUGUAAUUAGAUUUAGUUACUAACUGGGUGAUUGCUAGUGCACCUUUGCAUAGCCCUGUAAUUCUUUAGGCUGGAAACAUAUAUUAUUAUGGAAUAAAGUUGUAUUAUGGAUGA